AUGGCCAGAGUAAUCGUCUUGAGAGGUAAGAUAAGCCUCGUUUUUUUUGAAAAAAAUUUUUUUUGGUAAGGAGAGUACUAGUUAUGCCAUUUUCAGACGACGAUGACUACGUGCCAGAAAACUACAUCAUGACAAGGCAUGGCAAAACUUAUCGGCCCAUUUCAAGACGACAAAUUUUGCAUGAAGAAGACGACGACUUGGACUUUAGGGCUACCAGACCAUUCGCUAAAAGAAGUAAGGGUAGGGUGGUAAAGUACGGUGGAGUAAUGUAGAGUAUGGUACAUUAGUUUAGAUCAAGGUAGAGUAGAGUAAAGUAGGAUAGGGUAGGGUUAACUAAGGCAAAGUAGGGCGGGGGAAUGUAGGUUAGGGAACGGUGGAAGGUAGCGUAGGGGGGGGAGGGGGAGGGAGGGGCGAGGCAAAUAUUUUUUUUAAAUUGGGCGGUGAAAAAAGGACGGGGGGAAUAGUAAAAAAGUUACAGUAGGAUUCAGCUUGAGUAAGAUAAGGUCGUGACUUGGUAAGGGUAAAGCAGAAUUAUUUAGGAGAAGGUAGGGUAGGGUAGUGUAGGGUAGGGUAGGGUAGGGUAGGGUAGGGUAGUGUAGGGUAGGGUAGGGCAGGGUAGGGUAGGGUAGGGUAGGGUAGGGUAGGGUAGGGUAGGGUAGGGUAGGGUAGGGUAGGGUAGGGUAGGGUAGGGUAGGGUAGGGUAGGGUAGGGCAGGGUAGGGUAGGGUAUGUAGGGUAGGGUAGGGUAGGGUAGGGUAGGGUAGGGUAGGGUAGGGUGUAGUAAUUAAUAAUUACUUUCUUUUAGGUACCAGAAAACAUACAGUACCAGAAUUCUCACACCGAUUAGAGGAUCAAUGGCACCAUCACGAUGAUACCAUUGUUCUAAAGGUCAACUUUAGUGGUUACCCACAACCUGAAGUGACAUGGUAGGCUUAGUAUUCUUCAUUGGGGUAUAGUAUUUUAAAUAUUUUUUCAGGUUCAAAGGCCAAUCACCAAUAUUCAGUGAAAUGAGGCGUACUGUUCAUACUAGUGACAAUUCUACUGAAGUAAGGAGACUUUUAAACAGUAUUUCUUUUCUUUUGUUAUCUAUAUUGUUUACGUUUGCUGGCACUGGCUUAGCUUUAUCACACCUUACUUUCUUUCUUCUUCGGAGUUUUUCUUGGCAUUUCUUUAGCCCUAGUCUUAGCCAUAGCCAUGGUGUUGGCUUUGGUUCUUGGUUGAUCAAAGUCUCGGCCUUUAAUUAUCCUACACGACUAUGUAUCUAUGCCAAGUCUCCUUUGUUUUGUCUUUAGAAUUAGCCUUAGACUUAACCUUAGCCUCAGCCUCAGCCUUAGCCUUAGCCUUAGCCUUAGUCUUAGCCUCAGCCUUAGGAUUAGCCUUAGCCUUAGCCUUAGCCUUAGCCUUAGCCUUAGCCUUAGCCUUAGCCUUAGCCUUAGCCUUAGCCUUAGCCUUAGCCUUAGCCUCAGCCUCAGCCUCAGCCUCAGCCUCAGCCUCAGCCUUCACCUUAGCCUUAGCAUUAGUCUUAGCCUUAGCCUUAGCCUUAGCCUUGGCCUCAGCCUCAGCCACAGCCUUAGCUUGCACCUUAGCCUUAGACUUGGCCUUACAAGGGAAAUGUCUCACCUCAUUCCGGAGAUAUGAAUUGAGACUAAUCUCGUUGGAAAGCCUAUUUAAAUACGAAUUUAACAAAAAAAAAUUUAGUCUUAGUUAGUCUUACCAUUGGUGAGCAUUAUUAUAGCCUUAUUCAGUAUAUUAAUGUCUAUGUUGUACUGUAGUUUCUUACUGCACCGCAUUAUGUACACAUUUACGUUCUAUAUUGUACUUAGCACGCUGUAUACUCUAGACCGUUUACAAUUUCUUAAUUUUUUUGCAUAGUACAAUUUAAGCACGAUACAGCAACUUUAAGUGAUUAAUUUACUAAACUUUCAGCUGUGUAUCUUUAAUGCCCAGAAGGAAGACGGUGGCUUCUAUUCGUGUCGCAUUGAGAAUGACAUGGGAGUACGUGAGACCAGUUGCCAUGUUCAUAUCGGUGAUACUGGAAAGCUGCCAGGCAAAAACGCGAAGUUACUUGCGGCUAUGAAUUAUCGGUAAGAUAAAAGAAUUAUGGCAAAAACUUUCUUUACAAAGCAAAAAAUGGCAAAAACUUUCUUUACAAAUAAAAAAAUUGCAAGAACUUUCUUUACAAAGCAAAAAAUGGCAAAAACUUUCUUUACAAAACAAGAAAUGGCAAGAACUUUCUUUACAAAGCAAAAAAUGGCAAGAACUUUCUUUACAAAUAAAAAAAUUGCAAGAACUUUCUUUACAAAGCAAAAAAUGGCAAAAACUUUCUUUACAAAACAAGAAAUGGCAAGAACUUUUUUUACAAAGCAAAAAAUGGCAAAAACUUUCUUUACAAAACAAGAAAUGGCAAGAACUUUCUUUACAAGUCAAAAAAUGGCAUGAACUUUCUUUACAAAACAAAAAAUGGCAAAAACUUUCUUUACAAACCAAAAAACGGCUAAAAUUUUAAAAAAGUAUAGUUUUUUAACUUGCAGUACCUACCGGAACGCCUUGUACACUCCUUCUUACACUUACUCACGAUUCGCCGGAACUUGGAUGUAA